AUGGCCUCUGCUGAAGGUUCCUCCCCUUCCAUGAGUGAUGAUGAGCAUGGUAGAGACUCCUCUGUAGGACAACCAUGGCAGGCUGACACUGCAGAUGCCUCUGCCGCUGGAACUGUCCCCCCCAGACCACCACCGGAAGUUCUGGAUUCGUCCUCUGAAAAACAACACAAUUCAACUGAAACUUGCAAGACAGCUCGCGAGAUGUAUCUUGAGUCUGGCAAUGACAAGUCAAUGCUGUUCUGUCUCUGUCUAGGAAUGGAAUCAGAGGAUGGCGAACGCAAGCUUGGAGACUUGACUGUGGAGCCUUACUCAAAGAUGGCCAAGAAAAACCAAACAAAAUUGAAGGUACAGAAUGCCGUCCUCGCCAAAGAGGUUGUUCGCCGAGGAAUCCAGAUGGCAUUGACUGGAAGAAGCAAGGUGCGACCCAACAACUGGAAGCAAGACAGGCUUGUCAAGUGGCUGCAGGAUAAUCCAAUCCAGGAUAAUGCCUGCGUUUUCUUCCUUCGGCAAACUGAGAGCAUUUUGUCAAGCAACGGAGAAUCACCUCCAAGCAUCGGUCGCUCAGAAGGAAGCUGA